CAGUAGGUCAGUGAUGUGGAAGUGUAAGGUAAUCAUAAUAUUUGCAAAGCUAUUCGUUUUUCUCAAAUGAUUAAAAAGAGGAAAGUUAUAACUAUGACGUAUUUUUUUAGUGGCCACGCGGACCGCGAACUCUUGUUAGGACCGAAUUCUAAAUGAGUCAUUUUAACUCAGCUUAAAUAUCUACAUACUAUUUUCCGCGGAUGCACACUACAAUUUUUUAAAAUUCUACAAAUUCACCCUUAUUCAUGUUUGUAUUUUUGUGGCAAAACAUGUAUUAGGCUUUAAUUUACUGUAAUAUGCUGUUACCUGAUUACCUGAAUAAACCAAUAAAUAAAUAAAUGAAUUUAUCCAAACCUUUCUAACACUGGAACCUUUCUAUCGCUGGCCACUGUGUACCUAAGUACCAACUAACUAUUUCCCGUUACUUUACACGCCAAUGCUCUCAGAAAACGCUCCACAUAAUGUCAACAAAUAAAUCAUAAUACGCCAUUACGGCAUCCCAUUUACGAGCAAGCAAGCGCCUGUGUCAGCGAGCCCAGAUGCGGCUGGUGCCUCUGAUAAUGAAUAGCAAUUUCACACCACUCGCACCCAAUCGGUAGUCACCUAACCCUAUAAACGACACAGGGUAUAAAAGACCCGGUAGGGUACUUAACCCCUUCAGUCCACCACCAUGAGUGACGCGAAGACUUCCGAUAAAAAAGGGCAGAAAUACAAAACUGCUGAGUUGAAGGUGUUGAAGAUUUUGCAGAAAUUGGAGAGUUUAAAGCUGAGCGAUGGCUAUGUGUCUCAGAUCAGGGUGCCGGCGGGUAAAAGGGUUAAUUUGAAGGAUAAGCAGAAGUUGCCGAAGUAUUUUUAUGUGUUGAUAGCCGCGGUAGUGGUCGGUCUUGUUUACUGGACAUCGGAGGAAUGGUCUUCUGAACUAUGCCUGCUGGACGCCCCGUCAGCCACAAAGGCGAUGUUCCGUCCCCCCGAGGACUGCGCCAUGUGUCGCGAGGUGUCCGGGGUGCACCGGGUCUCCAACAUAACUGCUGAAGAGUUCGAGAGCGACUACGCGUAUGGAUCCACGCCGCUCAUUGUCAGUGGCGCUGCCAGUCAGUGGAGGGCUGUUCGGGAAUUCAACUACGAAUUCUUCAAGAAGUUCUACCAAGACAGCAAAAUGGGGACACGGACCAACGACUGCUUCUACUUCGCCUACAAAUCCGGACUCAACUCUCUGCAAGAAGUAUUCUCAAUGGACGAAUCUCGUGCCAACUUGUCCGGAGAACCCUGGUAUAUUGGGUGGAGCACCUGCUUCGAUGAGGAGACUAGGCGACUGAGGUCCUAUUACAAUCGGCCGUAUUUCCUGCCGAAGACCGCCGAGAGUGACAUGGUGGAUUGGAUUUUCAUGGGGGGGCCCGGACAGGGAGCUCAUAUGCAUGUGGACUCCGUCAAGCACAUGUCGUGGCAGGCGCAGGUGCGCGGGCGCAAGCGCUGGGAGCUGGCGCCGCCGCCCGAGUGCCUCUACCGCUGCCGCUGGUUCAGCUUUGUCGUGGAGCCGGGCGAGAUAUUGGUAGUAGACACUAACCGAUGGUAUCAUAGAACCAACGUUUUGCCUGGCGAUAUCAGCAUCACCAUUGGAGCGGAAUAUGAUUAAAGUCAAUCGAUUAAUAUCAAUAUGAAUAAAACGAGAUCAUUAAAGUUGG